AUUGGUUCAAAAUCCAUAACUGGCCUCCGAGAGCCAGGUGUCGUUCACACCGCGGCCUCGCGCCUCGUCUCGUUAAUCACUCGUGUACGCUAUUGUUAAAGCGCGGCGAACAGCCAUCUUUGUCAAAUUACGGCGAUUCAAUUUUAAUAAUUAAAUUUGUUUAGUGAUAAAAUAAAUAAUCAAAUGGAACAAAACGCAGUGAUACUAACGCCUUGUGUUGUGGAAUCGGGAGUAUCGUUACAUUCUCUUUUGUUUCACUAGUAGCUGACGCUUAGUUGAAUGGAAGCGAUACGACUACGGCGUUAACAACCAGUCGACCAUUAAAAAUGAUGGAUGAUGUCGUCUUUUGCAAAAAACAGUGUUAAGUGAUGGUUUUAGUGAAUAAUGUGAAGGGUGAUGUUAGUGUUUAUGUUUGAGUGUACAUGCGAUGAAAACUGCGUCGUAAUUUGUUAUACACAUUGCAUAAAUGAGUGAAAUGGCGUUGCGGAGCGCGCGGGCCCGAGCAUGCGCGCCAGUUUCCUCGCAAUCGCUGGGAACGCACUGAGUGUUCUUCGUUUACGUGCACAUCAAAAUGGGAAGGUCGAGAUUCCCGGGGAAACCACUGAAAUUCCAAAACAGAAAACGUAUUAGUGUUCUAUCGGGAGCUGUUUACCAUGAGACUGCUCCAGAGAAUCACCCGCCAGCGCGCGGCUCUACCACUAAUGAUUUUGCUGGGGACCAAGAGGAGGAAGAAAAGAAAGAAAACAAUAAUGAAAAGGAGACAGAUAAAACUUGCCAAAAUAAAGUGACUGAUAUAACAAAGAAUAAACCUGAGAUCCAGGACAAAAACAGCAGUGAUUUAUCAAAAUCCCCAGUGAGGACCAGGUCACAGAACAAAAUGGAGCCAGUUAAAGGAGAGAAACCUAAACCUGUGAAGAAAACAGUCACUUUUGGCACAGUUGAAAGUUGUGAAGAUAUAUUUUUCCCAUUGAAGAAGAUCCCACUAAAACACCAUGCUCCUCUUGUCCCCAUCAUAAAGAAGAAGUCUUCUCUGAAGCAAACUGAAUACUCAACAUUCAACAGUAUUCUCAAACCAGCUAAAUUAACUGAUUUAAGCUCAAAAUCAAAUUCAGAACACCAAGAAGGUUAUUUAAGGAAAAAUUUGAACCCCUUGUCGAAGCCUAUGAACAAAUUUUCUCAAUUCAGUGAGAGCCGGUGCAUGUCUCCACCUCCCAGGAACGCUUCACCAGUUGAGAAAGAGAGUGGGAGCUCUGCUAAGUUUGUUUUGCCUGUCAGAAGUGCACAUUCAUCAAGAGUUAUCAAGCCUAACAAGAAAUUUAUAGAUGGUGAGGAGCAAACAACGGCUAGUAGCACAACAUCAUCAAGUAAAGUGCUCAAGAAACCUAAAUUGAAGAGGUUAGUGUUCAACAACCUGCACAAUGAUGAAGACACGCCAGAUGAAGAGGACACUGAUAAAACAAACCAAAAUGAAAAAGCUAAAGAUACUCAAUUGCAACCGUUGAAGUCAUCAAAUCUUUUCAAAGAUAGAACAACAACAACAAAUUCCUUUUCUAGCCUCAGUGUGGGCAAUAGAAAGGUACAUGAUUUAUUCUCAUAUGAGAAAGAACCCUCUCAAGAUGAGAACUCCAAUGUAGAGAGCAUAGAGAAGCUCAAAUCCCCUGAACCACCAAAGGAGGAUAGAACAGGACAUGCAAUGAGGAAACUUAUGGACAUAUCAGAUGCAAGUAGUUCAAGUAGCACUAGCAGUGGUUCAGAGUCUGAAGAUAGUUGGGACAGUGCCAGUCCCCCACCCAGUGGUGAUGAAGAAGAAAAGCCUCCACCUGCAAGCCCAGAGAAAGACAAAUCGUCAGCAUCUCAGUUGCUUAGGGGAAAAAUUAUUCUUAGAGAGGCAAGAUUGCAGCUGAAUCCACCAACACAAUCCACUUCAGCUUUGGAUGGUCCAUUUUCUACUGUAACAUCUUCAUCAUCUCCUGUACCACCAACAACCGUGACUUGUGGAGUUUGUGGGGCUGUAAGAUUUUACAGAUUUGUAAAACAAGCACGGAAAUUCGGAAUAUAUUCAUGCGAGUCCUGUCGUAAAUUCAUAUCCAAAAUGUUGAAGAAAGAAAAGCUAUCUCAAAAGACAGGACAAGUUGUCAUGCAGUGUUUGAAAGGUGAAGGUAAUUGUCAUGUACCACCAAUAGUGCGAUCACAACAGUGGAAGCUGCUGAGGUGUACUAACAAGGCGCGUUGUCCAGCAUGCUGGCUCAAGAUGUGCUUGAAGGCAUUCCAAGUGCCUCCCAGCAUCAGAGCUGGCUUAACAGCAAUGUUGCCAGCUUUCAUGAGGUCAUCUGUUAAAACGUCUGGUGCUUUAACACAAGCAAACCCACUGAGGAUAGCUAGCAAUACAAGUCCACCUGUGUUUGCAAUAACUAAUACUGAAAACGAGAGUAAUAAGAUCUUCGGCACACUAAAGCCCAGUAAGAAGAUUGAAGAAGUAGAGAAAGUAGAGGAAAAGGCCACAAAAGACCGGCCAGUUGCUACCGAAACAGUUGAAGAGAUAAACGCGAGUAGAAAGCGGCAAUUGACGAGGGUAAAAGUUAGGAAAAAAGAUAAAACCGACGCCAAACAGACUGAGGAUCCCAAAAGACAAAAGGUGGAACUCAAAGGGCCGAGAGUCAAACAUGUUUGUAGAAGUGCAUCUAUUGUCUUGGGACAGCCUAUUGCCACAUUCCCCACUCAAGACGAGAAAGAUAAGCAGGAGAAGAACCUCGUUAUUGAUGAUGAAACUACUCUAUGUAUAAUAGAGAAGGAUGGUGAGACACCAGAUCUGUCCAGCUGUGAAUCUGAAGUAGAUGCUGAGAACAAAGCUCCUCAGAUUGUACCGGAACCAGUUACAAAAGAUAGUGACGUUGAGGCACAGAUUGAAAGUAAGAAGAGAAAGAUUGAGCAACCACUGCCUACUAAGGCACAAAGCAAAGCAGAAUCCAGUGAAGAUGAAACUGUUAUGGAUCUUGUGCCUAAGAAGACGUUUAUGAAGCCUCUUACUAAUAUUACCAAUGUGCGCAAUCGUUCACAGAAAUGUGGGCAGAACAGACCGGAGCUCAUCUGUGUAGAUUUCUGGGAGAGCUAUGAUCCUGAUGAAGUCUGCAGCUCAGGCUUUGGUCUCAUCGGCACCGGGUCUUUCACUGUCACUAGACUGUGCUUCCUUUGUGGCAGUGCUGGCAAGGAAAAGAUGUUGGUGUGCGGGUCGUGCUGCGAGUGGUACCACAGCUGGUGCGCGGAGGAGGCGGCGGGCGGCGGCGGCUGGACGUGCGCGCGCUGCGUGUCGUGCGCCGCCUGCGCCCGCCCCGCCGCGCGGCUGCGCUGCCGCGCCUGCGCCAGGCAUCACCACGCCGCCUGUCUGCCCGCGCCGCCGCCUGAUCACCGCAGCGACUGGCCUCAGAUAUGUAGUGCGUGCCUAAAAUGCAAGAGUUGCGACAGCAGCCGCGUGAGCAAGUUCGUGGGAAGUCUACCGUUCUGCGGGCCUUGUUUCAAGCUGCGGCAGAAGGGUAACUACUGCCCGCUGUGCCAGGCUUGCUACAGGGAUAACGAUUUUGACAGCAAGAUGAUGGAGUGCGGUUGGUGCGGUAGGUGGGUGCACGCUAGUUGCGAAGGCCUCACUGGCGAAGGAUAUCAACUGCUGUCCGCAUUACCACCCUCAAUCGAGUACAUUUGCUGCAAAUGCAUGCCCAAUGAUCCACCAUGGAGAAAAAUGCUCACUGAACACCUUAAAGGACGUCUUCUUCAUCUACUGAAGUUACUUGCCAAGAAUAAGAAAGCUUGUGCGUUACUAAAACUGACUCCGCAUAAGAAUACGCCGGUUCCGAACAAACCGUACCGGCUCAUGUCACCACAAGCUAUUAGAAAACUACACUUCGACGUCGUCGAUGUGUCUAUGAAGACAUCGGAGACUAAGGUCUACAGGAACACGGCAAGAGGGCGACGAAAUAACAAUUUCCCUCAGAACAAACUCGAUGAGUCACAAAAUCCACAAGUAUGGCAGUGCUCAUCUUUGCUACAAGACGUUGACAUGGAGAAGGAAGAAAUGCCACACACAUCACAUAAAGUGGUUAACCUACAAGAGCCAUUAAUGCAGAAUAAAGAAAUAUGCUUCUCCACGGGCCUUUAUGGCACCAAACCAGACUUUGAGGCCUCAUGUGUUGAGGUGCACGAAAACUAUACUCCACAUGCGAAAUCAGAGAAAGCAACGACAAUGUUGCCGACGACUGUGCAUGAUGACAAGUAUGAGGCGAUAUCCGACGAUGACGAGCCCAUGAAAUGCUUCCCUCAGGCUCGGAGCGAACAGGACCUGAGCCCCGUCGUGAUGCGACAGUCUGAUAUGAACAAUCCCAGUGAUGAUGGUGAUAGAAUAAUCUCACCGUCACUCCUAGACAUCAAGAAAAGAGUCAACACUGAUGGAUAUGUCUCACUAAAAGACUUCAAUCAUGAUAUGAAAGAGGUCAUCCAAAGAACAACCAGUGAUGAUCUGACUUCAAUAUACAAGGACUUAUUCUCAGAGACAUUCCCGUGGUUUGAUUGUGAAAACAAUUGUCUCCAACCUAACUUGGAAGUAGAAGGAGAGCAGGAAGAUACAGAGUCUAUGAAAGACCUUGCUAUAGCCGACAGCAAAAUUAAAGCAGCAGUGCAAUCUAUCGAACGCCCAAUGGACCAAAUAGUACCUAAGUUGGAAGUUGAUAGUGAGAAAUUAGAAGAAGAUUUAUUAGAGUUCUAUCCAGUUGUGGACUCAAGAUUGUGUGUACUGUGUAAAGUUGUAGGGGAUGGCUUACCAUCUUUGGAAGGGCGCCUGCUCUAUUGUGGACAGAAUGAUUGGAUCCAUUCAAACUGUGCACUAUGGUCAGCUGAGGUGUUCGAAGAAAUCGAUGGGUCUCUACAAAAUGUUCACUCUGCAAUAUCUAGAGGGAAGAUGAUCAAAUGUGCCGCCUGCGAAGUUAAAGGCGCCAGCGUCGGCUGCUGCGCCAAAAACUGUAGCGAGACGUAUCAUUAUACCUGCGCUAGAAAGGCAAGUUGUGCUUUCAUGGACGAUAAGAGAGUAUUCUGUCCAACGCACGGCAAAGACGUACCCAAAAAGAGUUUACAAAAAGACGCCGACUUUGAACUAACAAGGCCAGUCUAUGUCGAACUUGACAAGAAGAAGAAGAGAUACAGUGAAAUUACGAAAGUGCAGUUCAUUCUAGGCUCACUUACUGUACAUAGUCUUGGAAAAAUUGUGCCCUCAGUUUCAGAUUAUGAAGAGUUUUUAAUGCCAGUAGACUUUUCAUGUACUAGGCUAUUCUGGUCUUGCAAGAAACCUACCAAAAUAGUUAGAUAUACCAUCAAGACGAAACUAAUACUUGCUGAACCACUACCAGGAUUUGACUUUGGUGUGAAUAUAACAGUAGAUCAUACAUUAGACGUACAUGUUGUAGAGAGAGUUAUGGCUGAGAUUGGAGCCUGGCAUGAAAGUAUUGAGACAGGUACUGGCAAGUCCGUUUUAAUGCUGAAGAAUGACAAAUCGCCCAUUAAGUUUGGAAAUACAGUGACACUAGAAGAUUUGGCUGUGAAACAGGUGGUGGAGUAUUUACUUGACAAUGUUUGUAAACAAGAGCAGCAAGAUGAGGAGGAACCACAGAACACAGCAGAUCUAUUACCACCUGAAGUGAAAGAUGCUAUAUUUGAGGACUUGAAUCAUGAUCUUCUAGAUGGCAUAUCCAUGCAAGACAUAUUCCAAGACCUAAAAAAUGAGUUCUAUUGCGCAAUGGGUCAAUCAGACGAUAAAAGUAAUGACAAGUCUGAUUUCCGUUCUACAGACUUUAUAGAUGAACUCCUAAACUCGAGAUUCGAGACAGGGAGUAAGGAACUAAAAAGGAGCAAGUCUGAAAUGCUUCUACAGAGUCAUAAUCUUAAAACUCUGACAACUGGCCGUGGACAACAAAGAUCUAGUAGUUGGAACAAUAAGUUUGACACAAGUCUUCUUUCAUCCACAAUCAAAAGAUGUAAGAUGGGUAAGACAUCGACAGUGACUGGUAAAUUGAGUCCUGUUCAGAGGAUACCACUGGCAGAGAGUCCGAUGGAUUCUAUAAAGGAAACUGACAACAAUACAGAUAAGAAAGUUAAAGUGGAGACUUGUACAAGCGGUGCUAUAUGUGACGAGGCUGCUCACUCAUCAGGCAUCACUUACCGCACAGGCUCGCCUAAACAAAAAGACGAUUCAAAUAACACUAAAGCUGAUAAAAACGAAGGAUAUUACACUGAUGUGAUAGACUUUUAUACGAAAAUCCAGUGCAGUCCUAUUUCUCAGUUAGAUGGGGCAGCUGACUGGUCUGGUUCUGAGAGCACGUGCAGCUCCCGACCUGGUAGUCCUCGAGAUAACGACAAUGAUUUUACACCAAUACAACAAUUAGAUGGUGCUGAAGACAACCACCAUGGAAAUGAUAACAUGCAGAGAGGACAAACUAACCAGUUCAUGUACAGAGCAAGUGGAACUGAAAGCUAUACUGUAACUUUUGCUGGAAACUCGCUAAGUGGCCAGCCAGAAUUAGUGAUGAGACCAUUAGACGAUGGCUCAGGCAAUUCUAAUCAUAUGGACCAACCUGUAAGAUGUGAUAGAUGCCAAUGCACAUACAGAAAUAAAGAGUCUUAUGAUAGGCAUGUGCCGUCAUGUGACAUUAUAUCUACGAGUGAAAGUGAAAGUGAGAAUCCUAAAUCACCAGAGAAUAGAACAUUGACGACUCUACAAAAUGCCUUCCAAGGUGCGUUUGCGCAGCCGAUGAUAAUACACGCUGGAGUUGUUAGCGGCACUGAAAAUACCGUGAAAGCAGAAGGCAUAGCCGCUAGAAGAACUUCUAUCAAUACUAGACAAAUCACAAUAAAUGGGACCAUUGUUGAAACGCCAUCGCCAGGGCCUUCAAAUGAAAUGACUAUGACGAUCACAGAGCAAAUGAAAUCAGGAACUGUGAUUUUCGAUCAAAGCAAAACUACGAAUGUGCAAGUUUCAGCGAACCAACAGAUGAUGUCUUCACCACAAAUAGUUGUGACGCCACAGAUGCUACUACCUCCUAAGACUAGUUCCGCAGGUGGUCAGAAGAUAAUGACCCCUCAAAUUAUUACGCAACCCAACAUCUUGCCUUACAAUAUUUGCGUAAAACCAGGAAAUGGAAACACUAACAUACAACAAAUCCAGGGUAAUGAUAUGACUCAAUUACUAUCGGGACCAGGAGGUAUUCAAGUCAUAUCAUCAAACUCUAACCAAGUCUUGACUAUACCCCAGAAUCAACAAGGCAAUAUGAUCCAAGGCCAAAUGAUUCAAGGCAAGAACCACGUCACCAAUUUCCCUAAUAUGGCGAGCGCAUCUUCAAUAGCAUUGCCAGUGAAUUCCAUACAAGGAAUGCCUAAUACAUCUAUUAUACAGAACAUUCAACCAAUGAUUCGACCUCAGAUUCAAGGAAACCCUACUAUUGUUGUUCCCGCAAUGACGGCACAGAGGCUAUCGUCGCCAAAUUCCCAAAACAAACAACAACUGAUCUUACCGGGGAAUACGCAAAAGUCUCCUAAGAAACAGCCUACACAGGUCCAACCUAAGCCAAUAUUCCAGGCUACGAACCGAGGAAGAGGACGCCCAAUUCCUAAGCCUACUACCAUCAAAAGACAAACCAAAAUGGAGAAGACAUAUACAACUAUCAACCAGUCACCAACUGUACUGCUGCAAACCAAUAACCAAACUGGUCAACCAUCUAUCAUAGUUCAGCCAGUUUCGAACCAAAACAUAAUGUCUGCUUACGUGGAGGCGUUAUCGCAACAGCAGAAUCAAAAUAUGCAGUAUAUCGCGACUAUUGCACCUCAAGGUGACUUUAAGACCGGCCCUACUCAGUUUAUCUCCCAGAGCGGUUUGGUGCCUCAAACAUUCCAAAUCCAACAGACAGAAUCUGGAGGACUGGUUGCCGUACCAAGCGGCGGAAUACCUGUACUGUUACCGCAAGGAAACAUGGGAAUAUUACCACAAGCUCUUCAGCAAGGAGCUACCAUCUUACCCCAGGGUGCAAUCCAAACCCAAGGCAUUAUUUCCCAAGGUCCCAAUGGUCCCACAAUUCUACCGCAAGCAAUACAUACACAGAAUGGUACUACGAUAAUACCACAAGGAACUAUACAAGGAUUGGCAAAUGGAAAUACGUUACAAACGGCAGGAGCGACCGUUGUACCUCAAAGUGGUAUUGGUAACGGCCAAACCACUAUAAUACCGAAUACACUGCAGACUCAAGGCAAUACUCUCAUCUCUUCAGGUCCUGGAGGCACCACCAUUCUACCACAAGGGACUCUACUGCCACAAUUCUGCAAUGAUCAAGUGUUACUGGGUUCAACACCUACAUUAGAAAUGGUGACAGAUCCAUCUGGCUGCAUGUACUUAACGACAACUCAACCAGUUUAUUAUGGUUUGGAGACAAUAGUGCAAAACACAGUGAUGUCUUCACAACAGUUCGUCUCUACCGCUAUGCAAGGAGUUCUCGCACAGAACAGUAGUUUCUCAGCUACGACCACCCAGGUGUUCCAAGCGAGCAAGAUAGAGCCUAUAGUAGAGGUGCCCACAGGAUAUGUUGUAGUAAAUAAUGUGGGUGAUAGUGUCGCUGUGUCAUCGACGCCUAAUGUGGUCACUGCGCAAACCGUGCAGUCAUCACCACAAUCUAUGAAGAACGUGAAGGCUACUGUUCCGAAUCUAACAUUGCAGCCGCUACCUGACAAGUCAAAUAAUAGCAACCGACAAACACCUAAAGUUAUUCAGAUGAGCCCAUCUCCAAUGACCGUUGGCUCACAAUCGGGCGCCGGUACUAUUAUUACCGGCAGACAGAGCAUUAAUCCAAUCACUUCUCAGAUACAUGGCAUGACUAUUUCUAGCUCUCCACAGAAUAUUCAAAGAGGAAAUAUGCCUAAACCCAGCAUUGUGUCGAUGUCUCCAAACGUGACACUUGUGUCAUCAAUUGGACAGCCGGUAAUGGCAAUCUCUCAAUCUAUACCGGCCACAUCAUUUCCCUUGCAGUCUAUUCCACUAACGCAGCCGAUAGUCUCGAGCUCCAUUGCACCCCCAGCAAAGGGAAAUUACAAGAUCGAAAAUUCCCAUGUCAUCGAAAUAAGUGGGAACUUGCAUGAUAAUUCAAACUCUGCAAAUAUGCCAACAAUAAGUGUAACACAGAGCAUAAAAUCACCAACGCCUUGGAGGCAAAUUAAUCAAACCAUAAACACCAGCAUGGAAAACAAAAUGGAACAUCAAAACAUGGCAGUGAAGCCAAGUACUGUAAACACGACUUCAAUGAAUAUUCAGAGCAAUGUCAUGGCGGGAAGAUCUCAUCUGAACAACGACCAUGAUAAGGUGAACCAGAACUGUUUGAUACAGAUGCCUAACAACUCAAUGUCCGGCAUGAACAUGCAUUCUCAUCAAUUUGAACAAAGCCUAAACGUGAGCCACCAUUCGACCUCACAUACAACAUCCAACAAUGUUAUUCAGAUAACUGCUGGCAACAUAUACCCGCCAUCGUCGGUCAUGAACAGCAAUUUUGAUGCAGACACUUCUUUGAAGUUGAGCAAAAUCAAUGCUCUAUCAAAAACUGAAGGCGGACAUCUGAAUUUUUCCCAAGAAAUAAUGGCUUCUCAUUCGCAGCACGCUAACAGUGACAAGAGUUUCCAGAACAUGGGGACAGACAACAAACAUAAUAGCAACGAUAGUUUGUCCAGUCAAAUGAACACUCAUAAACUGAGCAAUUGUCAGAUGAGUGGAAAUAUGAGCAACUCGCCAGCGAUCAGCAUCAUACCCCACAAUGUGAUGCGGCCACAGUUGCAGAACAACCAGAAUACUAUAUCUGUGUCUAACAACCAAAAUCAAAUGUGCUCGAUUCCUAGCAGCAAUUCCCAUGGACAGGUACAAAUAUUGAGUUCAGGGAAUAACUCACUGCAGAACAUGAAUAUGUCUUGUCAAGAAAGUACAAACAGCAGAAUGAACAUAUCUGUUUCUAGUGAUAAUAGUUUGCAACAAAACCAGCAACAUGACAUGUCCACUACUAUGAACUCGUCUAACAUGUCUCACAACAAUAUACAGAUGAUGUCACAUGAUAACAAUCAGAUUCCUGCUCCUAACCAGAUCCAUAUCAUGAACGGACAAAUUCAACAUAAUCGACAAGUUGAGAACAAUCAGUUGCAACAAUUGAAUCAACAAACACCUAACAGGAAUUUCCACGAUAAUCUGAUGAGUGGACAACCAAAUCAUAAUCAAACCAACAUGCUUUCUAACCGCAGUACUCCUGACAAUACCAAUAUUAUGAAUCAGUCCAUGAAUAUGCAUAAUUUGGGAGGCAACAACCACAAUAUAAACAGGUCCGAUUUGGGCGAUCUUAAUCAUAUGCACAUGCAGCAACCAAUGACAAACAUGAACAUGCAGAAUAACAGGAUGAUGAUUGACAACAUGCAGCCUCACAGUAUGGGCAACAUGAGUCACACAAUGCACUCGAAUCGAUCUAUAGAUAAUAUGCAUAACACUCAAAUGCAUAACAUGCAGCAGAUGAAUCAUCACGCUAGCAAUAACACUCGAGGGCAAAUGGACAAUAAUAUGCAUGUAAACCAGCAAAUGUCGAUGCAACAGAACAGACAAAUGGAGAACGUCGGCCUCCAUCACCAACAUCAAAUGUCCAACGUUAUGCAGAUCCAAAAUAAUCGUACCCACGUCGACAACAAUAUAAUGAAUAUGCACCAGCAUGUACCAAAUCAAAUGCAUAACAGACAGCAAAUGGAUAACAGCAUACAUAUGCAUCAUAUGUCGGGAAGUGCCCCCAAUAUUAAUUUAGGCAACCAGAUGGAUAACUCUGGCUCUAUGCCAAAUAUUCACGCGAAUAGUUACGACGGCAACUCUAUUACCCUACAAAAUAUCAACGCUAUGAAUCAAAUACAGAACAACAGGAGCUCGAUGGAACAUUCUUCUAUGAUGCAGCAUCAGAUGAAUGCCAUGAAUAAUAUGAACAUGCACAGCAAUCUGAACAGCACCAUGCAGAUCGUGAACACUAAUCAUCAGUCUAUGAACAGCUCGAUGAUGCACAUGCCAAACAUCCCGGACAUAAAGAACGACAUUCAAAGUUCCUGCAGUGGUAGCUGUUCUAACAACAGCACACAGUUUACCAACAAUCAGAACUCUAUGGAGAUAUGCUCGAACAUGAAUAUGAACACCAAUCAAAAUAACAUGAAUAUGAGCACUAACAACAUGCUGCAUGGAAUGAACGUAAAUAACUCGAGUAUGUCCAAUAAUAUGAUGAUGAAUAAUGUAAACACUAGCAACAUGUACGGACCUGGCUCUCAGAACAACAUGACGGGACACGACAUGUUGAUGAGUUGCUCCAACUCUACCGACCAUAAUAACCUGAUGUCGGGAACACCUAAUCAUAUGAUGUUGAAUAAUUCGCAGACACACGCUGCAAACAAUCAAAACCAAAUGAUCAGCAGCCAGGUGUCCAACACCGCACAAAUUAAUAUAAACAGCUGCAGCAUGAGCAGCAACAAUACAUCACAAAGUCAGAGUAUCACAAAUAUGGAAAAUCAAAUGAACCGGAAUACUUUACCAGUGCCGGAUCCGCCCAAGUUCUCUCAAGAGACUCUACGAGGUAAAAACCUUAUGGGCCCGCCGCCUACCAACAACAUACCUAUGGCAAAUAACAAGCAAGAUUGUUCUAAAGUGAACAUGGUUAGCAAUGAAAAGCAAAACCACACAAUAUCAGUCAACAAUCAAAUUGGAUAUAUGCAAAUGAACUCCCAGAACAACAGAGUCAUCAAUUUACCUGAAAGGAGUCGUAUGAAUAAUGCAAACCUAGAAAACAAUAUUAAUCAGCAUGUUCCUCAGCAACAUAAUAUACGCGUGGUCACUAAUAAUAACAAUAGCAACGUGCCUGGUAUCACGACUGAUCCCUUGGCUUUCCAACCCACGACCGACAACAGUGGUACUAUGAUCAACGUGCCAUUCCAAGCUAUACCAAACAGUGCUCCAAUGAAUAUCAACGUGAACUCCAGCAAUAAUACCGUUAACAUCACGGUACAGAAUAAUCUCGUGGACCCUAAGAUCGCUUCUAAAACUGCUGCCGAUAUAAACUUCCCUCUACAAACGAACUCUAAUUUACUUCAGAAUCAGAACAAUGCAAAUAAUCUGAUGUGCAUACCUGUGGCAAAUAACACGAUCAAUUUACCAACGCAGAACAGUUCUAGCAUAUCAUUGCCCAAAGCUCCACCCACUCAACAGUCGGGCAUCCCAACAAACGUGGUCAAUCCAAUGUCAAUGCGGCCUAUGAACAGAGUACUGCCGCUACAUAGAGACGGGCAAAGCAAGUCAUCUACCAAGACCACCAAAACUGCGGCAGUGCCGAAACAGAGGCCUGUAAGCCACGAUAUGCCAGAUUUAAAUAUCAAAGAUGACACCAUUGAUAGUGAUCUAGAAAAGGCGAUAGAAGAGUCGAAGCGUAUGAUGGAACUUGAAAAGGCUAAAAAGGAGAAGGAAGAAAGGGAAGCUGCUCAAGCUAUGCAGUUAUCGGCCGAAAUACAUCAGGCUAACACGAGUACUGCACCGUCCAACAUGGACACUAGCAGAAUUAUCGAACCUAUUGAAAGUAAUUCUAAGAUGUCUCUACCAAGCUUGGAUGCUGAGAUGAUUGAAGUAGAACCACCAAAAGUACUUAUUGAAAAAGAUACCAACAGAGCUCCAGUUGCAACGAAAAUACCCAAUGCUUCCACUAAAGUCAUGAAGCGACCUUUGGGAGAUAGGAAAACAGAUGUAGAGCCAGUUGUAACAAAGAAGCAGAACAAAAUAUCUAAAGAGAAUAAACCUACCGUUCCUAAGCCAGCUCCGGAGCCGGCCAAGGAUGACGGACCUAAACUGAUUUAUGAAGUAACAUCGGAAGACGGUUUCAACUACACGUCUUCGUCAUUGACCGACCUGUGGGCGAAAGUUGUAGAGGCUGUGCAGAACGCUAGGAAGCAAUCGGGACUACCACCGAUCCAAUACAAUCUGCCGGCUAGUCUAUCCGGAGCACAUAUUCUGGGACUGAACAACAACGCACUCAGAUACCUGGUCGAACAACUACCCGGGGCAAGCCGUUGCACCAAAUACAAGACCCGCCAAGGCCGCCCGCUGAGCAGUUGGGAUAACGACUUGGACCUUAGCGAGGGCUUCAAGGAGAGUCCUUGGGGCAGCGCGCGAACAGGGCCCGUGGCUCGGAAGCAAAACCAUGAUAUGUUCAGCUGGAUGGCCUCGCCUUUCAGAGAGGAGCCCCCGCCGUUUGGAGGACAGGAGGGAGAGAGCUCCAUUUCUAGGCGCUUGGCAACGUUACCGCCGGCUAUGAGAUUCAGACAAUUGAAAGAGACAUCUAAAGCAUCCGUUGGCGUAUACAGAUCACACAUACAUGGACGCGGAUUAUUCUGCAAACGAGAUAUUGAAGAAGGUGACAUGGUAAUAGAAUACGCGGGCGAGGUGAUCCGCGCGGUUCUGGCGGACCAGCGAGAAAAGCGCUACGAAGCCAUGAGCGGUCGGCGCGGCGUCGGCGGCUGUUACAUGUUCCGUAUCGACGACAAUCUUGUGGUUGAUGCGACGCUUAAGGGCAACGCCGCUAGGUUCAUUAACCAUUCCUGUGAUCCUAACUGUUACUCGCGUGUUGUGGACAUACACGGUCACAAACACAUCCUCAUCUUCGCCCUGCGACGUAUUACCGUAGGCGAGGAGUUAACCUAUGACUACAAGUUCCCAUUCGAAGAGGUCAAGAUUCCAUGCACGUGCGGCGCCAAGAAGUGCCGCAAGUAUCUUAACUAACUGUGAACAACUAUAGAGUGAGUGAUUUGAUUGUGUCAAUUAUGCUUGUGUUGAUCUAUGAUCAAAGAGGUUUAAAAUGCUGUAAAACCGAACAAAAAUACUGCAACAAAACAUUUAUAAACAUUCUACGAUAAGCCUUGUAGUAUUUUUGAUCUGUAAAUUUUCCAGCCUCACAGGUUUUACUUAACGAAUAGCAUAAUCUAGAAGUACAUAACUGAUUUAGACGUAAAGAUAUUAGUAAUAACGUGAGUGACAUUUAAUUUGAACGGACAAAUUUAGCGGUACGCCGCCGGAUAUAAAUCGAUGGAUCUCGUGAGAGUUCUAAGUAAGCUUAUUUAGAACGUAGCUUGCGGACAUGAGUGCUUGAUGAUGAAAUACUGGGUCGAGCACAAUCUACUACGUGUACAUAUUUAUGUAUGUAAGACAAUAAGUCAAAUUCACAUAUCGCGUUACUCCCACCUCGUAUCAUUCUUGUCACUAAGACUUGCUGGAGCCUACCUAAUCAGACACAUGAAACAAUUUACAUGAAUCUUAAUAUGAUCUCUUUCUUGAAUCUACCCAGUGUUAAGAGUUGUUGGAUUUUGUAAUAAUUUUGAAUUAGAUUUAUUUGAAAAAUCGUAUUUUGAGAUAGGUUUAUACAUUUUGUAAAUAUAUUUUAGUUAUGUUGAGUUUUUUUAGGGUGGUUAGUUGACUCGCGAACGGCUUAAGUGUGUGCACUUAACUUUGAUGUGAUAAUGUUUGGCCCCGGAUCGCUCGGGUAAGAGAUGGUUAGUGUGUAGCUAGUGUAGUGUAUAUUUGUUCCUCAUUAUGUCCUUAUAUUUUCUCUUCACUUGUGAUCAGUUAAGUCUCGACUAACAUAGCGCGUAUGUGUACAUAUAUCGAGGGAUCUUUAGGCAUAAAAUAAUAAUAAAAUUAGUACAUUCGACAGGAGGGUAGCAAAGUUACAAGUACAAUGUUACUUUUUAGUAAUUUUAUCGUGUAUUGUAUAGUAAAAUUGUAAAUAAGAGGAAUUAUCUGUCAUAAUAAUGAGUUAAACGACAAAUCGUUUUAUUGUAGUCAUAGUGGUAGGUUGUACUUUAUAGAGUAUAUUUUACGGUGUAUAUAAUAAGUUAUUUAGUGAGCCUUGUGCGCGAGGCCGGCGGGACGGCGCCUCGAGGUGUACGCUGUCGAGUACGAGGCACGGUUUCAUAUAAAAAUGCACAUUUGUUAGCUUUAAUAUUACUUCAGCAAAGCUAAUUGGUUUUAAUUUAGAUGAUAUAUAUUUUUAAUGUUUAAUUGAUUGCCUGUGUGUUGUUUUAAUUGGCAAAUAUAAUUUUAUAGCAUUUUUUUCCUAUAAGCAUUUAUAGACUGAAUUUAAUACAUCACACAAUAACAGUCAUCACACGAAUCAGUCAAAUUGCUAAUCAAUCUGCUUCACAAUUUUAUUGUUUUAAUUAUAGAAUUAGAUGCAGAAACAAAGUGACAAAUCAAGUUUUGGAUACCAUGCCAUAGCAUAACCGUUAAAUAUGUAUUAUUUGUUACUGCAUCUAACAAUAGCAGUAUUAAAAUAACUUGUAUGUGUCCUCAAGUAUUUCAUAGAUAAAUCAAUAGGACAGAUUAUCGUAGGCCCGAAUUAAGAGGUAACUAUUAGUACUUUUUGAAAUUUAUACGUUACAACAAGAUGCACAUAAUAAUGAUAAAUGUUCCGUAUCUCUGAUCAUGGUCAGAUAUUUUCAUUGUAUAAUUAUCAUGAACUAAAUAUACAAUAGCUAAGGUAACAUUUUGGUGUUAAAAUAAGCUGUGCAUACUGUAUUUUAAAUAUAUAUGUGCUAAUUUGUUAUACAGGUGUCUUGUUUUAGCGAAAAUGUAAUGAUAUCUGCAUGUAUGUCAACUAGAGCCUUUGUUUUAUUUUGUUAUAGGCAGUUUGUCUACCUUGUAGAAUAUUAUUUAAAAUUGUUUUUGUCAACUGUGUUAUUUAUUAGAUUAUCAUUAAUUCACAUCAUAUGUGAUAUUUUGUACAGCCGUCAAAUGUAAGCUAGACAGCAGUCACAAUUUCAUUUAGUAUGGAUCGGAUCUUAAUACAUUAGUGUUAUUUAGUUGUUAUUAGAAAAACUAAUUCCAAAGCGGGAUUUAUCUUUUUUGAUCGACAUAUCUAGUAGUUUCUAUUGCAUAAUAGUAUUGAGCCUCUUUAGUAGACAAACAGCCUGAAGUUCAGAGGCAAUUUUAAAAAGAGAUGAUGAUAACAUUCUGUUGUAUGUAAACUGUGUUGACUGUGUUCCCAUCAAUGUUUUAAAUUGAUACAGCCCGCUCACCCGGGCGUAUCUGUAGACUAGUCCAAUCGGUUUUAGAACUGAAAUGAUGCGAACGUAGCCAUAACGGUUAUAAGCCAUUCUUUUUAUAAAAAAGGUUGUUAUAUUUUGUUUACAUUUGAUACGAGAGUUAGUCGAAGUUAUAGCCUACAUCGAGUUAUGAUAAUAAAAGUACAGGUAAUUUUAAUCACUUUCGAUUAUUAAGAUUAACACAAUAUUUUUAAAGAUUUAGUUUUUAUUUUGAAAUAAGAUUAACACGCGUUUCCUUUCCUUUUCCCUCGAAGUUUCUUGUGUAUAAUAUUUUACAGGCGUAAUCGAAUGGUUAUGUCGAUGAUACAAAUUGUGGACUAUCAAUUGUAAAUGGUUUAUAAUGGAGUUGACUUGUUUGGUAGACUCAAGAAUGCUUUAAAAUUAUGUACAUGUGCAUUUUGUUAGUUUUGUAUAAUGCGGUGGUGCGGCCCGUAGGUGGUGUAGACUGUAGAAACUGAAAGGUUUGAAUACGGCUCAUAAUGAAAUCAAUGUAGGCCUGAUGAAUUGUAGAGGCCCAGAGACACAGUCUACAAUAUUUCCAAAGGCAAUCGCACCUUCACUCAUGUAUAGUUAUGUUACCGUUAACGUGCUAUAUUACCUAGACAAAUUCAUUACUUAUUUAACGGGAUCAAUAUGUUUUGAUUAUUUAGGAAAAAAAUAUUAUCGACAUUAUUUAAUGAGAGUCCAUCGUCAAUUUCCUUUGUAAACGGUGGCUUUUUGAAGCCUCUACUUUCUUAAAUUGUCAAGAAAAAAUAUUUUCUUUAACUGGGACCAUCAGGUAAUUAGCUGUUCAAGCUUCAAUCUGCAAAACUGAACAAUGUCGGUAACAUACAUAUACAUAAAAUGAUUUAAUUAGAAAUCAAAAGACCAAAUCACCAAGUGAUGAAUUUUGCGUUAAUUAUUAAGUGUAUUGCAUCUGCCCUUGAUAUUAUUUGUGUUAAAAAUAAUGCUUUUAUUUUUAAAUGUACACAAUGCCAUUUUGCCUAAUGUUAUUAUAAAUUAUAAUGAAAUUGCUUUAAAAGCACCAAUUUUUACAAUGCAUAGUUCUAUGACCUGUCUAUACAUUUUAUUACUUUAUUUAUUUCUAUCAUUAUUUUGUAUUGUGGUAAAUUUUACCAAAAAUAAAAAUACUAAAAUGUGCUUUA